AUGACAAUUACGACUCGCAGCCAGACGGGUAGAACGCCCAGAAAGCCAGAGCACCCCGGUUUUGUCGAGACUCCAGGACCAGCUAAGAAGAUCAGAGUGCGCAAAUCACUUGCACUUACGCCAGAUGACUCUGAUGCUCAAGACUCUACCCUAGAGCCCGUCCCCGGGUCCGAGACUCGAAGGCGCAACCGAGAUGUCAAAGCUGACGGGGCCCCGAAUGGAACGGCGGGAAAGCAAGUAAAUGGGUUCGCCAACGGACAUAUCCCACACCCGGACACUCCUAUCAAUGGCGCCGUCAAGGCAAGCAAGGCAAAAAUCGUUGAUGGUUGGGAAAUUGGUACAGACCCCAAGAUCGAUCGCUCGGAUCGCAAAGACUUUGGGGGGUCGAUAGGUGUGUCCGCCAUGAUGGUAGGGUUUCCACUGUUGAUGUACUACAUGUGGAUUGGCGCUACCUAUUACGAUGGACAUCUGCCUCAACGACAGCCUGACCAGAGCAUGUCAAACUUCCUGCGACAUUUGUGCCACCUCGCAUACGAAGGAGCGUUUCCUCAUGCCAAAGCUUGGACAAUCUAUUGGGUUUUCUUCGUCUUUCAGGGCUUCCUGUAUAUUUACGCUCCCGGUAUUUGGACGAAGGGCAAGCCCUUACCUCACAACAACAAUCAGACUUUACCUUACUACUGCUCGGCCAUUUCCUCGUGGUGGAUAACAAAUGUCCUUGCCUUUGCUCUACACUUUUCAGGUUUGUUUCCACUAUACACGAUCAUUGACGAAUUUGGGCCGAUAAUGUCGGUUGCCAUACUUUCAGGAUUUGGCGUUGCGAUUGUUGCGUAUAUCUCUGCUCUUUAUAGAGGCAAGCAACAUCGCAUGACUGGCGCUCACAUCUAUGACUUCUUUAUGGGCGCGGAGCUCAAUCCGAGAAUGUUUGGCAUUCUUGACUUCAAAAUGUUCUUCGAAGUUCGAUUACCAUGGUACAUACUUUAUCUGACCACUUGCGGCAUGUGUGCUCGACAGUACGAAAGAUACGGUUAUGUAUCGGCUGAGGCAUCCUUGUUAUUCAUGGCACACUUUCUAUAUGCCAACGCAUGCUCGAAAGGCGAGGAGCUUAUUCCUCUAACCUGGGACAUGUACUAUGAGAAAUGGGGAUUUAUGCUUAUCUUCUGGAACAUGGCAGGUGUGCCCCUGAGCUAUUGUCAUUGUACAAUCUAUCUAGCCAACCAUCAUCCCGAUGAGUAUAAGUGGAACACCUACGUCAUGGUUGCGUGGCACAUCGUCUACGUUCUCGUCUACUGGGUCUGGGAUACUUGCAACGGGCAGAAGAAUCGGUUUCGAGGGUCACUCUCUGGCUCGAACUUUAAUCGAUGGACAUUCCCUCCUCUACCAUAUGCCUAUGUCGAAAAUCCAAAAAUCAUCAAGUCGGACGCCGGACCCCUCCUUGCUGACGGAUGGUAUGGCAAGGCUCGCAAAGUACACUACACUUGUGAUCUUUUCUUUGCACUUUCGUGGGGGGGCGUGACUGGUUUCAACUCUCCCUUCCCCUGGUUCUAUCCUGUAUUUUUCGCCUGUAUGAUUGUGCAUCGGGCUUUUCGUGACAUCGAAAGAUGUCGCAUCAAGUAUGGCGAAGCUUGGGCCGAGUACGAGCGACAGGUGCCAUAUUUGUUCAUACCAUACGUUUUUUAG